GGGAGGGGUUGAGGGGUUAUAAGAUAGCUCGUAAGGAGAAGACGUCCACACAUCGCACAUUUAAAGGUGAUCUGUAAACCAGAACCAUAUAUAUCUGAUCCAAGGACAGAUUCAAUUUAGACCUUGACAUCUAUUGAUUGAUCCUCCCAUCCAAGGUUAACUCUCUAACCUCCGCGCAAUAUGGCAACCUCCACCCCCUACACCCUGAGGUGGGGCAUCAUGGCGACAGGAUGGAUCGCCGAGAUGUUCGUCAAGGAUCUCCUCACAAACCCGGCCGCGCGUGAUGUUCACGACGUGCGCCACCAGCUGUAUGCCGUGGGGUCGUCAAGCAACCCGCAGAGGGCCGUCGACUUUCUCACCAAGGUCAAGGCACCAAGUGGGGUGAAGACUUACGGAUCGUACGCGGAGCUUGUGGCUGAUCCAGAUGUCGACAUCGUCUAUGUGGCGACCCCCCACAGCCACCACUUCCAGAACGCCAUGCUCGCACUGCAAGCGGGCAAGAAUGUGCUCUGCGAGAAGGCCCUGACCGUGACUGUUUCCCAGGCCCGUAAGCUGGUCGAGGUCGCCAAGGCCAAGAACCUCUUCUUCAUGGAGGCCGUAUGGACUAGAUACUUCCCGCUGAGCAUCAAGGUGAGGGAGUUGAUUCAGUCGGGCGCUGUCGGUACUGUUUAUCGAGUCAUUGCCGACUUGUCGUUCAACAGGAACUUGCCUAACGGGAAGGUGGACUUUGACGAUUCUCAUCGGAUGGUCAACAUGGACCUGGCAGGCGGCGCGUUGCUGGAUCUUGGAAUCUACUCGUUGACCUGGCUGUUCCAGACCCUCUACCAUGUCCAGCCCGAGGAGGACAAGGAGACCCCCAACGUCGUGGCUGCCAUCAACAAGUACCACACCGGCGCCGACGAGUCAACGAGCAUCAUCCUGCAGUUCCCCAAGCACAAGAGCAUGGGCAUCGCCCUGACCUCGCUGCGGGUGGGCACGGAUGUGGAUGGCCUGAACAGCGGAGGGCCCGCGAUCAGGAUCCAGGGCUCCGGUGGCGAGAUCCAGGUCAUGGGCCCCGCGUACAGGCCGCUGCAGUACAAGGUCAUCAAGAAGGAUGGCGGCGGCAAGGUCGAGGUCGUGGACUGCCCCAUCCCCACGGACCCGGAGCGGGACUGGGGCCACGGCUUUUUCUGGGAGGCCGACGAGUGUGCGAGGUGUCUGCGGGACGGCAAGGUUCAGAGCGACACGCUGCCGUGGAGCGAGAGCAUAGCCAUCAUGGAGGUGAUGGAGUCGACGCUGAAGCAGGGAGGCGUAACCUACUCGGACCUCAUCACCAACGACGUCUAUGAUGCCCAGAGCCCCCUCAACCUGGGCAAGAAAUAGGAGAGCGUUGGCAAGGAUGUGGCUCGGGUAGACUAAUAGACGUCAUUUUAAAAGUAAACGAGACUCAACAACCUUGUGAGCCCUUUCGGCCUGAUUUGGGAAGCACUUUUGCGUUGAAGUAGCGUUAGAAGUUGUGCUGAACUAAUUAAUGCUGGAGCAGCUAUGCUAUGUAAGGGCUGAUUUACUGUGUAAUUCUUGAAAUUCUUCCUUUCCGCGGGUUCCUUCAGAGAUAGAAAUUGCAACUAAGCCAACAAAUCCUACGGG